ACAAAGAGCUCCAGCAGCAGCCUGUGAGGACUCUGCUAGAUAACGGCUGUGUUCUUGUAUCCCGGCUCAACUUUUCAGUCGUUUUAGUAACAAUGUCUUCAGUCCAGCAUCUGAGAGAGUUUAUCAGAGAGCGACUAACCGCCGCUGCUGAAGAAAUCCUCACCGAGGUUGAAAAAACCUUCGUCCGCUACGAGGAAGACGUCAGACUGCUGGAGAGCCACUGGAAACCCCAGAUGAAACUCACCAGAAUCGAACUCCAAAAGCCAUGUGUCUCCAAUGAGGAGGAAGCUUUAGACAUCCAACGGCUCUGUAGCCAGAAGAGGGCAUCCAGUCAUCACCAGGAGGAGACAGAACCUCAGUGGAAUGAAGAAAAACAGAUGGAACCAGAUUUCCCACUGUUUGAAGAACAGGAGGAACCUGGGCCUCCGUGGAUUAAAGUAGAAGAGGAGGAUCCAGAACCUCUACUGAUUAAAGAAGAAAAUGAGGAUCCAUGGUCUUUGUUGGAAAAAGAGGAACAGGAACAACUAGAUUCUUCGAUGCUCAGACGACCAACUAGACUCAACCACAAGGACCUUGGCAGCAGUCAGGAGAAAGGACAGCUUACCCAGAAACAGUCCAUUGCUCUGAUGGAGACUUCCACUCUUCAGGGCAGUAAUCUGUGUGAAGGAGAACCAAUAACUGGACAGCUUUCCUUUAACAUCUCCCCUGUAGUUGAGAUCACAGCUCAGGAGGGAAGUAGCUCCGCUGCGUCUGAGAGGCAGCCUCAUGUUGACACAGAGAAAAUGUCUUUGAAAGAUGAUGUUUGUGGAAGAUCCUUUAAAAAUAAGCAUAGAUUAGAACAGCAUUACCGAACCCACACGUGUGAGAGACGGUUUUCUUGUGAGACGUGUGGAGCAAGUUUUGUUAGACGCCAUCACUUAUACGCACACCAGAGAAUCCAUACAGGUGAGAAGCCUUUUUCCUGUGAAACGUGUGGAAAAAGCUUCACUCAAAUUGCUAGCUUAAACGUUCACAGGAAAAUCCACACAGGCGAGAGGCCCUUCUCCUGUGAAAUAUGUGGGAAGGGUUUCAUCAGACGCGAUCAUUUAGACGUACACCAAAGAACCCACACUGGGGAGAGGCCAUUUUCAUGUGAGGUAGGGCUGCAACAUCGAAUUCAUAAAAGGAAUAGAAAUCGGUUAAGUGUUGGAAACGAAUUCCAUUAUCGAUUCAUGGUGCAGUGAGAUUAAAGCCCUACCCUCCAUGUGGCCGAGCCGUUUACGUCGGCUCACUGUGCACACUGACAGCACAGUGGGCUGAAGAGAGCAAAGCGUAAGCAGAGUAAAAGAAACUAGAACCUGGCAUUUCAAAAGAUCUUUAAUUUCCUUUUGGU